AGUCAAUGUAAGGUCAACAACGUCAAUGAAAAGUCAAUAUCUCUGGCUUCCAGGAAGAAAUGCGUGGACGCCAUAGAGCAAGCCCUGGAUCGCGCCCGUCAGCUCCAGGAGCAGCAAGGGCUCGCGUCGAAGAUCACGAAAUGCACGGAUCUGGAGCAAGCACAAAUGCUCCUCGCCCAAGCAGCACGAUCCGGCGUGGAUCGCCUGGCCAGCGUCGGGAAUCCAUUGAUCCAGAUGUUUGGAGAGCUGGGUAGAGUUUUCGAGGCGCGCGCGGCGUUUGACAGGCUGCAAGAUCCUAGCGUCGUCUCGUGGAAUGUGAUGUUCACUGCGUAUGCCCGGAAUGGGCAUCCAGAGAAGGCGAAGGAGCUGUUUGAUCGGAUGCCCGAUCGCAGCGUGGUGUCCUGGAACGCGAUGAUUGGGCUUCUUGCGGGCAUUGGCGAUUCCCCAGGCGCGAUGCGGGUGUUCCGGAUGAUGAAUCUCCACGGGGAGAGGCCAGUAAGGGCCACAUUCCUCUCGGCGCUCGAGGCGAUCGAUGCUGCUGAGGCCAGAUUCUUGCGCGCCGUCAUCUUGGAGGCCGGGAUGGAAUCCAAUGUCGCCGUUGGCACCGCGCUCGUCAAGUUCUUGAGCAAAGCCGAGAAGGUCGACGAGGCCUGGGCUUUGUUUCUAGAAAUGCCCAGCAAGAACAUCGUCUCCUGGACGACGAUGCUGGGAGCUCUUGCCCAGCACGGGAAUCUGAGAGAUUCGAAGGCCCUCUUCGAUCGGAUGGCGCAGGGUAACGCUGUUUCUUGGAACACAUUGAUCUGCGGGUAUGCCCACGCGGGGCAUAGCAGGGAGGCUCUAGGGAUGUUCUUGGCGAUGGAUCUAGCGGGGAUGGAGCCCGAAUGCGUCACGUUUGCUGCGGCCGUGGAAGCGUGCUCCCAGCUCUUGGAUCUCGCCCAGGGCCGGAGAAUUCACUCCGAGAUCACUGCGGCAGGGAUCAUCUCCGAGGAACUGGGACUGGGAGUGGCCAACGCUCUCAUCAAUCUCUACGGGCGAUGUGGGCGAAUGGAUCUCGCAAGAGCGUGCUUCGAUCUCCUCAUCCACGAGCGAAUUCUUCGCUCCAAUUCUAUCCCCUGGACAAGCAUCGUUGGACACUAUGCCCGGAAUGGGUAUCCCGCGGAGGCGAUGGAGCUCUUCCACGCCAUGGCCGUGGAGGGUCUGAGCCAAACCCCUGUUCUCUUCAUCAGCAUGCUCUCCUCUUGCAGCCAUGGCGGCAAGCUAGAAAUCGCUCGCCGCCUCUUCCUCUCUAUGAUCCAAGACUAUGGGCAGGAUCCCACAAUCGAUCACUUCAUGUGUAUGCUCGAUCUGCUAGCGAGAAAUGGGAAGCUGGGCGACGCGCAGGAUCUCAUCCAAGCUCUGGAUCUCCAGUCGGAGGAAUUGAUCGCUUGGAGGACUCUAGUGGCAGCUUGCAAGAGCCACGGUGAUCUCCCCCGCGGAAGAGGAGCUGUGGAGAUGGCUAUGGCGGCGGACGACGCCAUGGCUGCUCCAUACGUGAUGCUCUCCGCCAUGUAUCGCGAGCAAGGAGUGGACGGCGGAGAUGGCAACGAGCUUAGCCGUUGA